UGUCUCUGCAUCCACAGCUGAACUUCAAGAGCUCACACAUCUCUGUCAUUCCAGCCUGGGCUCAGAGACAGGACCUAAGCAAGAUGUCUGGAGGAAUCUUCUCUCCUCUGGAUAACCUGUACAACCUGGACAACACCAGCUGCCACCCUUUAGUGUGCCACCUGUGCCACGAGCAGUACGAGCAGCCCUGCCUGCUGGACUGCUACCACACCUUCUGUGCCAGCUGCCUGCGGGGCAGGGCCCUUGACGGCCGCCUCACCUGCCCCCUCUGCAGACACCAGUCGAUAGUGAAAGGAAUCAACGCGCUGCCCCCGGAGGACAAGCUGCUCAAGUUCCUGGUGGACAACUCUGCAGACUGCGAAGAGAGCGUCCAGUGUGCAAACUGCGACCUUGACUGCAAGAAACAGGAUGUGGAUGCAAUGUAUUAUUGCAACACUUGUAACCAGCCCCUGUGUGGUGCCUGCAGAGAGGACACCCACAAGGCCAAAAUGUUCUCCCGCCAUGAGAUCGUGUCCCUGGCCAACACACUGCCCUGCACCAAGGAGAUCCACAAGAAGUGCCCCCUGCACGAGGAGCUCUACAUCAUGUUCUCCACUGAGAAGAAGUCCAUGCUCUGCAUUAACUGCUUCAGAGACACGCAAGUGGAGAGCAGAGCUCACUGCAUUGAUAUUGAGACAGCGUAUAUGCAAGGCUGUGAAAGGCUGGAUCAAGCCGUCCUGGCAGUGAAGGAGUUGCAGACGUCGACUCGAGAGGCCAUUGUCCUGCUGAAAGCCAUGAUCGGGGAGGUGAGGGACAAUGUGGACGAGGAGGAGACUGCCAUCAGCACCCUCUUCAACAACAUGCAGGAGAAGCUGGCAGAGAGAAAGAAGAUCUUAUUGAAGGCAGCCCGAAGCCAGCACGAGGAGAAGGAGCAAGCGUUCAAGGAGCAGCUGUCUCACCUGGCCGCCCUGCUGCCCACCCUGCAGGUCCACCUGGUCUCCUGCUCUGCUUUCCUGAGCUCAGCCAACAAGUUUGAGUUCCUGGACCUGGGCUAUCAACUGAUGGAGAGGCUAAAGAAAAUCGUGAAGCUUCCUCACAGGCUGAGACCAACACAGAGCUGCAAGAUCAACACGGAGUACCGCUCGGAGUUCGCACGCUGCCUGGAGCCCCUGCUGCAGCUCUCUCACCGCAGGUCUGUGUCGCUGACAGGAGGAGGGGGCGCAGCCUCAGGGAUCAGCAACGCCAGCGCACUGCUGCAGUCACCCCUCUCCCUGACGGUCCCCUCCUCCAGCGACAUGUCCCUCUCCGCGGCCCACAAGCCCACGGCGCACCGCUACAUCAGCACCAAGGUCCUGCUGGCCGAAGGAGACGAGACCCCCUUCACUGAGCACUGCCGCAGCUACGAGAACAUGUACCGAACCCUUCAAACGGAGAUCCAGAAGCUGAAGGACCAGGUGCAGGAGAUGCACCGCGACCUGACCAAGCACCACUCCCUGGUCAGCACAGACACCAUCGGGGACGUCCUGCACAAGUCCCUGCAGAUGGACGGGCAGAUCGCCUCCAAGUACUUCUCUGUGGAGACGAUGCGCGCCAUGUUCGAGGAGAUUUGGGAAGAAACUUUUCAGAGGGUUGCAAACGAACAAGAGAUUUAUGAAGCUCAGCUCCACGACCUGGUGCAGCUCAGGCAGGAGAACACCUACCUGACCAACAUCACCAAGCAGAUCACUCCUUACAUCCGCUCCAUCGCCAAGGUCAAGGAGCGCCUCGAACCCAGGCUGAAGGAGUCCAAGGAGCUGAAGGAUGACCGGACAGAGACCAUGCUGCACAUCUAUGAUGACAGUGCGGCGUGCAGCGAGGCUCAGCACAGAAACGACCUGGCGAGCGGCGCCGACGAAAGCCGGGACAAGACGGCGGAGAACAGAGAGAAAAUAAUCGACAACCGCUCUCUGAACAUCCUGCCAGAGGAGUCAACGCUGAAGACGAAAGACUACUACCGCUCGGGGAAGCAGAAGAACAGCGCCGACACCCCUGGCAGAAAAGAACUGCCCGUUUAACAGAGACGCAAACCCCCUUCCUGUCCUUCAGCAGAGACGCGCGUCAAGGGGCACACUUUUCCGUGCAUCUUUGUUUUGGGGUGCGAGUCUCAUUGCACGACUGUAUAUACGGAUGCUUGGGGAUGAAGGACUGCCCCUCGGCAGCAGCUGCCCUUUCCUGAUGCUGCAAGAGUCCCUCAGCGGAACUCUUGGCAUCGUUCUGUAAACCUGCUCCUGGGUAGAACCCUGCUUGUUAAUUUGCCUCUCUGUGACGGCACACCCCCUGGCAUCAACGGUGCUGCCACUAGGUUUCAGGCGGGCGUUUGCGUUGAAGAAGCGAGCAGGAUCUUGGAAGAUAUACCCAAGGAACCGAGCAGCUGUCAGGACUGAAGGACAGUACAAUAUUGCAGCACUCAUCUGAAGAGGCCGAGUUUAGAUAUCUUUAGUCUGUAUUUAGUCUUCGUGUUUUGUUUAAGCAGUAUUCUGGUAAAAGGUCAAAAUGUUAUUUAAAUUACUUUUAAAUUUAUAGUAAAUUAUUCUAAACUAAGUAGUUUUCUAUAGGCUGUAAUGCAUCACAAUUACUGUAGCUGUAACACAACAUGUUAAUCCUUCAGUACUUUAGAACUGAACUCCGAGUAUUUAUUUUUUAAAAGGUAAAAGAUGUGCAAUUUUAUCUGUAUACAAUUUUAAAUCCACUGAUGGUUCUGUAACUUGUCGCUUGGUGAUGGUUUUGCAGCGUACAGCGCAUGCACUAAUAACCGGAUUAGAAAACCAAUUCAUUUUAGUGACAAUGGAAUCAGACAGCUACUCAGAACGGUUUGAAUCUAUUGUUUUCAUCUGCACCACAAACUGUAAACAGCUCUGCCUGUUGCAAAUGGAAACGACCUGCAGGAAUGGUGCAGCCUGACAAACGAAGACCUUUCUUUAAAACAACCUGCAGUUUCAUGCACCGAUGAUCGUCGAAAAAACACAAGAACUACACAUCAGCUGCAGACGCAGAGACAAAAAAAGCCAGCUUUAUUUCAAUUUUCAAAUACUCUCCUCUCAACAAAUACAAAAAGUUUCAAAAGGAAGUUCCAGUAAACUUUGGCUGAACAUUCGGUUUCACUGGCAUCUCGUGCUGAGAAAGUGGAGAACAGUGGCCACCGACAGACAAAGAGGACCUACUGUCCUCCAACGACCCUCAGCAGUGUUGAGUCUUCACAGGCAUUUCAGAGAAGAUAAUGCACUGGAAAUUAAGUUCAUAUGCAGGAAACAAAAACCCGAUACUGACGCCAAGAACACAAAACCAGGGAUUGCCUUCACACAAAACCAACAGAACCUCGUAGGCUUUUAUUUUUUUACAAAUUGUAAAUGUUUCACUUUGCAUAUUCCAAGCUUGACUGCGAUCGUGUGCAAUGCAGAAAAUAUCAGAGUACGACAGGUGAAAUGGGUUUGAAUCCUGCUUGCCUGAUUAGACUUUAGCAUUUAGACAGCGAGUAUAAAGAUGUGUCUUUAUAGUAAAAAAAAAAUCACAGGAAAGAAAGUGUUCCUCAAAUAUGGAUUUAAUUAAACCGACCCUGACAUUAAAGCCUUUUUUUAAAAAAAUCACAGACACUGCCCUGCCCCUAGAUGGCACUCUUGAACUAGUGGUUCCUGUCCCGCACACGCACUGCAGCACGCAAAUCUGUUUCAAUAGCAAACCAUAUACAUAAAGACAGGCAGGCUGCAGCACACUCUACAGCCGCGGCUCUGAACUACGCUCCUCGGAACCGGUCUUCUGGUUUUCAUUCCAACUCGGCACUCAAUUACUUAACGAAACCCUUAACUGAACUAACAAUUAGCUUAAUUAGAUCUUUUUAAUUGUUCUCAGCUCCUAACAAGUUGAUGAAGUUACUUCCACGAUUUUACAGUUAACUUGAAACUCUUUAAGAGCUGAAAACAACUGAGCUAACUGUUAGAUUAAAGAAUACAUAAGGGUUCCUUGAGGACUGCAAACCCCAUCCGCAUUCCGGCACCAAAACCAGACUCCGGUCCAGGUUUUCAUUCCAACCUGUUUCAGUUUAAUUGCAGUCCAGGGUCUGUGGUCAUUAAUAAUUAUAGGAAGAACUUUAUGUGAAGCCAGGAAUGGAUCAAACUGCUAUGCAACGGGAGUCUUACUUCCAUCCCUGGAACAUGGGGACUGGAAAGGAGUUUUGGCCACUCGUGAAAACUAGAAAACUCAAAGAAAAAAAAAAAAAGAUUUAGUAACACAAGCACUUUAUUUGCAUUCCCCCCCCCCCCCGCCAGAGUCUGGAUCUCUUAAUUAUAUUAAAAUACAAUAGAAAAGGUCAUUAUAACUCUUCCCAAUACAGUGCAUAUUUACAAUCACACCUGGGGUUUUGAAUGAUAAUUGACAUGUGACACUUUGCAAUGUAUUAACACUGUGAGGAACGUUGUAUGCAACAGACAGCUUUUCAAAACCUGAUUAAAUUAAAAAAGAACAAAAUUAAAAAAUUAGCAUUGCAUUUCUUCAGUGGUCCAAACAAUAAGGAAAACACAAACUGAUUUGGUUUGAACACAAACGCCUUUUGAAUCUUUUACUAAACGAAUAAACAAGCUUAAA